GCAGGGGGGGGCUAACUAGGGUCUCACUCUCUGAUGUCUUCAACUUUAUCUGAACUCUGCUGUAUGGCCAUAAAGAGUAAAUGACUUAGUGCUACUCAAGAGCAGAUCAGCAUACCUACAGGUCAAGGUGUUAAUAAAAGGACCAGUGUCACACCAAAGCUGACAAAGGACAAGUGCAUGUGAGGAGAUACUGUGUCUUGGAAAUGUAGCCAAGUGGAGAUGUUCUCUGUACCUGUAUAACCCAGUAGGUCUGCUCCCCUUUCAUCUGCAACUUGCUGAUCCGCUGCACUGAGGCCUCAAACAAAGGUCUCCAUUCUAUGGCCAAGACAUCAUGGGUGUUGUCCAUUCUGUUUCUGCUGGUGUUUCGGACUCCAUGGAUCACCUGCGUACCUACCCAGCACCUCUGUGGCUCCCACUUGGUGGAUGCGCUGUAUUUCGUAUGUGGAGAGAGGGGCUUUUUCCACAGUACGAAACGACUUCACAAGAGGGAUCUGGAAAACUUGCUCAGGUUCCUGUCUAAAAGCGCCAGACAAGAACAGCAGCUGUGGAGGAGGUUUUCUGGAAAGGAUGAUUCCAAGGUGAAGAGAGGCAUCGUGGAGCAGUGCUGUCAUAAGCCAUGCAGCAUUUACCACCUGGAAGGCUACUGCGACUGACUCGCUAACUCCACAUCCAGAACCACCUGUGAAAAAAGGUCUUGAAGUGUAUGUUUGGUGAUUUACUGGCUGUGUUUGAACGACACGGAAUAAAGCUUCAUGGCCCAUAACCAAAGGCUCCUCUCAAAAAAUUUGACUUGGUUAGGAUAUUAUGUUGCUAAACCAUAGGUUUCGAUCGUCAUUUCCAUAUAUAACUGCAAUCCUAGAGUGCUCUCUGCUGGCUAGCAACAGUAACGGCCAGUGGGAUUUAAAAAUUAAUUCAGCCACACUUCUAAAUAUUUGUUUACUUCAUUCAUUUUUAUUUGCUUUAUUUACAAGAUAUAAAUAUUUCCCCAAAAUACACCAGACUAAACUAGCUCUGCCUACCGAUACUGACAGUAAAACAGGCUUCUUUUUUUUUUUUUUUUAAAUGGCUUGGACAAAAGUAGAGGAACAACUUGUAAAACAUUUCUUAUACCCACUUUCUAAAAAUGUCUUUUGUAAGAAAUCUAAGACUAAUCUGAAUUUUCUUGUCCCAAAGGCAAUAAAAACACAAAUGCUAAAAAUUAUUAUGAGACUCGUCAAUUAUUGGAAAAAUAAAGAUUUACAAAAAAAAACAUGUUCUUAUUCACAAUAAUCAACACCCAAGAAGCUCAGCCAUUGCUGUUCUCUACUAGUAGGAUGUCUUCACUGUGUGAUUGUCUACAAAAGAAAGAUUCCAACAAAAAUCAAUC